AUGGCCGAACCGUUCUCGACGAUCCUUGGAACCGACGGCAGCGGUGGUCGGUGUAAAUACCUGAACAAAGGGAUUGUAGGAUUGGGUUCCUAUGGUGAAGCAUAUGUAGCGGAGAGCGUGGAGGAUGGGUCUCUUUGUGUAGCAAAAGUCAUGGGUUUAAGCAAGAUGUCUCAGCGGGAUAAGCGGUACGCGCAGAGCGAAAUCAAGUGUCUGGCCAACUGUAAUCAUCCAAACAUUAUUCGUUACAUUGAGGACCACGAGGAAAAUGAUCGGUUGCUUAUUGUCAUGGAAUUCGCUGACUCAGGCAACCUUGAUGAGCAAAUAAAGCUUCGGGGCACAGGAGAUGCGCGCUACUUUCAAGAACACGAGGCCUUGUUUCUCUUCUUACAACUGUGUCUUGCCCUUGACUACAUCCACAGCCAUAAGAUGCUGCACCGCGAUAUCAAAUCUGCCAAUGUGCUGCUCACAUCUACAGGACUAGUUAAACUGGGAGACUUUGGAUUCAGUCAUCAAUAUGAAGACACCGUAUCACGCGUCGUUGCAAGUACGUUCUGUGGCACACCGUACUACCUGGCACCAGAGCUGUGGAAUAAUAAAAGGUACAAUAAGAAGGCUGAUGUGUGGUCGUUGGGUGUUUUAUUGUACGAAAUUAUGGGCAUGAAGAAACCGUUUUCAGCAAGUAAUUUGAAAGGUUUGAUGUCGAAGGUUCUUGCUGGCACAUAUGCUCCCUUGCCGGAUAGCUUCUUGUCCGGAUUUAAGCAUGUUGUUGAUGGUAUCCUUGUAGCGGACCCUAAUGACAGACCAAGUGUAAGGGAAAAUUUCCAGAUACCUUACAUCAAUAAGGGCCUUAAACUAUUUGUGCAAGCACUGAAGAAAAACGAACGAAUUUUGGACUCGGUGAAGGAGGUCCUCGUAUCACAGGUCAGCGAAAUCUUAUCCUCGGAAGUGAGCCCUGAUGCACAUCGUUUCCUGGAAUCACAAAUUAACUACGACGUUACACACCGGGGACAUGUAAACAAACUGGGUGGUGGAAACGGGAAGUCGUGGAAACCGAGGGUUUUGCAGAUUGUUCGCGGACAGCUCAUUCUAACAGAUGAUGAAGAAGGAAAUAAUCCAAAAGGCCUAAACCUUGAACAAGUGCAGGGUGCUUGCCCGGUGCCUCACAGUACUGCAAAGAGAGAUUUUGUGUUUGCCCUCAAUACGGUCGGCGGAAAGGGUAUGUGGUUUCAGGCUGUAUCACAUGGGGACAUGGAAAUGUGGGUUCACGCGAUUCAACGUGGUAUAGGUGUCGCCUAA